GGCAGAGGGAGACACUCAGCGGAUCCGUCGGCGUCUCUUCUCCGCGGAGCUUCAGCGGCUGAAUGCAGCAGGUUUGUGCGGAGAGCAGCUGCAGAAAUCAAGACAACAGCGUGGUUUCGGAUCGACUCAUGAGCAGUGAGCAGGAUCAGCUGAGGGGUAACCAGGACACACCGGCCCCCCCGGAUCCAUCCAUGGCGCAGGCUUACCCGUCCGCCCAGUUCGCCCCCCCUCCUCAGAACGGCAUCCCGGCUGAGUUCACGGCCUCACACCCCCACCCUCACCCGCACUCCCACCCACACCCACACCAGCACCCGGCGGCCCCCCAGGACUACAGCGGGGUCCCGGCCUCAGUCAGCGAGCACCCCCUCAGCAUGUACCAGUCCUCACAGAGCCACAGCGAGCCCGGGGGGUCCGAGCCAGGGGGGCAGACGGUCACCGGAACAGCCACACAGACGGAUGAUUCUGCACAGACGGACAGUCAGACGGCGUCACAGUCGUUACCUGAAAGCACAGACAGCAAGGCCCAGCCCAAGAGACUGCACGUCUCCAACAUCCCCUUCAGGUUCAGAGACCCCGACCUCAGGCAAAUGUUCGGGCAAUUUGGAAAAAUCCUGGACGUGGAGAUCAUCUUCAACGAGCGCGGCUCCAAGGGUUUUGGCUUCGUAACGUUCGAGCAUAGCGUGGACGCUGACAGAGCCCGGGAGAAAUUACACGGCACCGUGGUGGAAGGCCGUAAAAUCGAGGUCAACAAUGCAACAGCCCGAGUAAUGACAAACAAGAAGACUGUCAACCCAUAUGCAAAUGGCUGGAAGUUGAAUCCAGUGGUCAGCGCUGUCUACAGCCCAGAGUUCUAUGCAGUUCCAGGUUUUCCUUACCCAGCAGCCAGUGCAGCAGCAGCCUACAGAGGAACCCACCUACGAGGUCGAGGACGGACCGUCUACAACACGUUCAGAGCAGCGGCUCCGCCCCCCCACAUCCCGGCGUACGGAGGUGUUGUUUACCAGGAUGGAUUUUAUGGUGCAGAUAUUUAUGGUGGUUACGCUGCCUACAGAUAUGCCCAGCCUUCUGCUGCCACAGCUGCUGCAUACAGUGACAGUUACGGACGAGUAUAUGCUGCAGACCCCUACAACCACACACUCACUCCAGCAGCCACAUACAGCGUUGGUGCCAUGAACGCCUUCGCCCCGCUGACAGACGCCAAAACUCGGAGUCAUGCGGACGACGUGGGGCUGGUGCUGUCGUCUCUGCAGGCCAGUAUAUACCGGGGGGGCUACAGCCGCUUCGCCCCCUACUAGCACCGCCCCCUCCGACCCCUCCACCUUUACUCAAGCUUCCAACGGGACGGACAGAGAGUGUGUGAGCGUGUGCGUGAGCGAGCGCGUGUCUGAGAGGGCGAUGGCGUUACUGUGGCCUGGGUAAUGCAAUACAUGCAGUCAGUGCAUCAUUCAGCGUCUCUGCAGAGAGGCGGAGGAAAAAAACUAAAAUGACAGCUGAUAUUUUUCAUCUUAUACCUCAGAUAUUUUGUGCUGUGUAUUUUGAUAUUGUGGGUUUUUAAUUUCUAAAGAUUUAAAGCUAGAUGACGAGCUGUAGAGGUUCCAUGGUUCUACUAGAGAGCUGUAAUAUUUAUCAGAGAUCCUGUAACAUAGAUCAUAGUCACACUUUAGGGUUUUUAUGUUUUGUAAGAGUGGUACAGUGACUAUGCUAGUCCAAGUGUUGUCCUUUUACUUAUCAGCUUCCUUUGGCACUUCCUCUCAGUUUCAAAAUAAAAUGUAGGGUUUUUUUAAGGAGGGAGUGAAGAAGCAGCGGCGUAGACGAUACAGGGGGCGGAGCUCUGAGGAGCAGAGAGCAGCCAUGAUCUCUGAUGGGUUUACUCUAAAGAGACGACGGCGGGUUUACUCACAUUCCUCACAACGUUCGCAGCCCAGAUAAAGACCUGGUGACGGUUCAGUACGGAAGCCCAGAGAGGACAGUGGAGAAUAAAUCAAUAAUCUUAGCAUGAUCCAAAAUGUUUAGGAGGAAAUAAAACUAUUUAAAGAAAAUCCAGCCGCCAUCCGUCAGAUGUAAAUUUGGGAAAGGUAGACAAUGUUUGCAUUUUCAGGGAUUUAAUGUGGGGUACAGGUACCACCAUGCCCCCAAACCUAUGUAUACUGGUUUGUAAAGAUGGCCGUGCUCUCAUUAACAGCGUUCUUAGGAAGGCUGUGUGCUCACUCUUUCCUUUAUUAAAGGAAAUCUCAGCCUAAAAUCAUGAGAACAAUGUAGAGCACGCCGUCCAGGCGUCAGCAGCUGUAAACUCAGAAAGGUCAGUUUUCUUUCUGCCGUUGUUGUUGGCAGAGCUGGUAUCAUAAUCCCCGCCCCUUCUUUAUUGUGAUUAGUUGAUGAGCACAGUGCUGUUCCAAAACAUGAACUGUUUUCAGCUUUGACAAAAAAAAAAAAAAAAACACCUGACACCAAGGAUGUGACACUUUGGUGUGGUGGUUAGGCCACGCCCCCAUGUAGGACAACGGUCUUCCAAACAGGUUUGAAUCUGAUCUGUGGCCCCUCCCUCUCUCUCACUGAGUUCUUCCAUCUUCUCCAGAGGAAGUCAAAAAGCCGAGAAAAUAAUCAAUAAAAGAAAAUGGCGGCUGUGGAUGGACCUUUUAUUAACGCCAAGAAGAAGAGCUAACAUUUAAAAUAAUAAUAAAGACGCCAACUGUGAAAUAAGAGCUUCCUUUUUCUAAAAAUCCAAACUAAAGUCUUCCUUCUGAAUUUAUCUGAAUUUACCGCUGACUGUAAAAGAUGGUCAUCAUCAGCAGCUCUGCUUACAUAAUCAAUACAGAAUCAAUACCUCUGCAAUCUGAUUAAUUCACUCUGAUUGGCUGAUUUUAACAUCAUUGUUUACAUGGAUGCUGAAUAAAGUGAUCAACCAUGACGUUUUUAUAAAUUCAUCCAACAUUUAGAAUAAAAUCAUUUAGACCCUCAGAGCAGAAACAAAGCUGCUCCAUCCUGUUUAAAUCAAUCAGAACUAUUUCAUAGAUCAUGAAAAUAUUGAUCUCUGAUCAGUUUUAACUCAUCAACAUAGUGGACAGCAGCAGCAGCCAAUCACAGCUCUUUCUCUCAUCACAGCGAUGUAUUUAAAUAUUACAUACUCGCUAAUCCCUGCUGCUGGCAAAGCUCCACCUCCUCCACCCCAGCCUCCUCCUUUAUAGACUAAAGCUCCACCUCCUCCGCCCCAGCCUCCUCCUUUAUAGACUAAAGCUCCACC